CAAGAUCUCCUGAUGCUCAACCGCCAAGGAGAUGUGGGACAAACUUGAGGUGACGUAUGAAGGAACAGACCAAGUACGUGAAGCCAAGAUCGACUUCCUCACCCAAGAGUAUGAGAUGUUUAGGAUGAAGGAGCACGAGAAGAUCGACGGCAUGUUCGACCGAUUUUCCAAGAUAGUCAACGAUCUUCAUGCAUUAAAGAAGACUUACACCGACAGGGAUCUUGUGCGAAAGAUCAUACAGAGCUUGACAUCCGAAUGGCGAUUUAUGGCUGAUGCCAUCUAUGAGUCAAUCGGCACAUCAAAUGUCACCAUCGACGGUUUAAGAGCUGGGCACAUCAAGAACAAAUGCCCAAGAAGCGGAAGGAAUGCUCGUCACUUCAAAAAGCAAAGAGCAUACAUCUCUUGGGGUGGCGACUCUGGUGAUGAGUCAAGCGAGCAAGAGGAAGACAAAGAGGCAAACCUUUGUCUCAUAGCUCAAGAAGAAGAGGAGUCCGCCAACAACGAAAACCAAGAGGGACGGUUUGAAGUGAAGAAAUCUGGAAGUCAGGGGAAACCAGCGAUGGGUUGGUUCAUACCAUCGCUGGGAGAGAAGUCUCUUCUUUACAGAACUCCUCUUCCCAUCGAUGGGAACUUCCUCCCAUCGAUGGAGGCGGAUCCAGGAUUUUACAAGCAUGGGGUCUUCUACCUCUAAUUCUCAUAUCAAACUAUUUCAUAAAUCUUAACAUUUAACAAUAAACUAAAACUAAUAUUUCAAAAAUAUCAUAAUUAAUACAUAAAAAUAAAGUCAUACGAAAAUAAUAUUAAUUACAUAAAUUAGACAUAAAAUU